CCUUGUGGUGGCUCUAAUCUCGUAAAUAUGAUAUAUCCGACAUGACUUGAAGGCAGCAUGUGACCAUCCUAAACUGAAGUGAACUGAUUCUGCAGUUAAACCCAGCAACCAAACGCUGUCACUCCAGUUUACUAGCCAGCGCUUAAUGCUCGUUAACCUAAGCUGGCUAGCUAACCUACCUGUCAGCAUGAUGCCGCAGGAGUGGCGCAAGUUUGUAAACCACGAGGUGAAAGUGACAGCGCACGAUAAUCAGCAGCAUGAAGGCUGGGUGUUCACUGUUGAUCCUGUGUCUGCAAGUGUUGUCCUCGUGGCCUUCCAAGAGAAAGGAGGAGCCUGUGUGAAGGUGGUGUUGGGCCAUGCUGUGAGGGAGGUGCAGGUCCUCAGGGAAGGAGAUGAGGAAAUGGAGAAAAAGCUGAAGUCUCUCUUCACACCCGCUGGCAGCCAGUCUUUUAGUGCAAAGGAGCUGAAAGAGCGCAAGGAGAGUCUGCGUUCAUGGCUGGAGAAAAACCUCAUUCCUGUUACAGAUGAGGGAGAUGUUCUGCGGGUGGCUAACGUACUGACCAUCAGCGCCCCCUAUGGAGCGGAGCAGUGCAUCAGCAGCAAUGAAAUCAUUCUGGCCAGAGUGCAGAGUCUCGUGGACAGCAACCCAGGACAAAAGGACCAAAAGUAGGACUUGGAUUCCAAGCAAAUCAUAUUGUUCCCUCUCUGUGAGAGCAGUUCAGAAGGAAUGUAAGCCUCUAAAGGAGUGCUGGAUCUAACAUCUACUGGACUUUGCUUAUUUCCAUUUAGCAAACUUGCAGAAAGUUAGCCGCUGAAGUGUUUUGCUUCCGAACAUUUAAUAUGCAUCAUCUUUCCCUAAUAUGCAAGAGUACAGUAUAGCCUUUUCAGUAGAUGACUGGAUGCUGAUACAGUACUGUACAAAAGAGCCCACGCUUCAUUUCACUGCUGUCGGAACAAAACCUCAUGUUUCAGUUUUUGACAAGUUUUUGAAAGUGCUUGUUGUCCUUUAUAUUGUGCAUAAAU